CAAUCGUGAAAUCGAAGGUAGUAAGAGAAAUGGGUGGACUGAGAAAACUGUCGAAGUUGAAACCCAUAGCCGAAGAAGCAUUGGCCGGAACAGUUUUCUUAGCGAAGCUCCUCUGUGGCCUUCAUGUCGCCAACACAUACGUCUGCACCGCCGCUCUUACCUACGGUCCCAGCAUGCUCCCUACUCUGAACCUAACCGGCGAUUUCAUCUUUGCCGAACGGAUCUCCACUCGUUUUGGCAGAGUUGGCGUCGGAGACAUUGUCCUCGUGAGGUCCCCUGAGAACCCUCGCAAAGUAAUGGCGAAGCGCUUGAUGGGCAUGGAAGGUGAUUCUGUUACCUAUGUUGUAGACCCGAAGAAUAAUGAUUGGUGUGAAACUGUUGUGGUUCCCAAGGGACAUGUUUGGAUAGAGGGAGAUAACAUGUAUGAUUCAAAGGAUUCAAGAUAUUUUGGGGCCGUCCCUUAUGGUCUUCUGCAAGGGAAAGUAUUCUGGAGGUUGUGGCCACCUAAAAGUUUUGGACCGUUGGAGAAGAGGAAACCGAAUGAGACAGUCUUGUGAGAAGCUAUCUUAUUGUUGUCGUUCGUCGAAGAUUCGGGUGGCUCGAAAUUCUUCAUAAUAUUCCUAUAUGUUGUCUGGAAGUUGCUUGGAGCUCCCUUGUCGUGGAUGUUCAUUAGUUAAUUUCUGAAGCUACCAUCUCUCUAACGAUUCCCAAUCUCAUUUUUAAGCCUGAGAACAAUGAUGGAAUGCAUUUGAUGAACAGAGAUUGUUGUAGUUUGUGACUUGUUCUCCAUUUUGUAAUAAGAGGGUGACAGUUUUUUUAUUUUUUAUUA